UCCAUCUCACUUCCAAUGUCAUCACUAGUGCUCCAUUUCACUACAUUCACAUUUGCACACAUCCUUCCACAAAAUUACAAUUCUCUACAACAUAUCCACCCGUUUUACACCCUGAAGUGUGGAUGUGAUGAGUGGAAAAAGCGGAAGAGUCUGGGUGUGGAAUUCGUGGGAUAUUUAUGUUGGCUCUCUCCCUUCGUCACAAGACGACCCCAUGCGAAGGAAGGGCACCCGAGACCAAGCCAAAGACAAGACCACGCGAGCCCCGCUAAAGGGCAGCAGCAGCUGCGCAGCGCAAGACACGACGACACCACCCGAAUCGCGCCCCCUCGCCAUUCGCGGCGUUCCCCUCGGGCUCCGUCGUCGCUGCCCCUGCGACCUCCCUCGACCUGUGUCGAAGACAGCCACCCCACGAUCGCAUUCACAUUCCCAUUCCCUUUCACAUUGUUGGUGGGUUCGAUUUUUGCUGCUGUCCACUCUCCCGAUUCAAUCCCGCGCUUUGCCUGGAAUUGGAAGCUUCGGGUGUUCGUCGAAGGUCGGGAGCGAGCGGCAGCCAUGGCGCUGCGGCAGGCGUGGCAGAAGACAGGCAAGGCGCUGAACCGCGGGGCGAUUGCGCCGGCAGUUAUCGCUUUCGCUAGGCCGCUCAGCACCAGCGCGGAUCCGAUCGUGCUCGACAUCCCUGUGCCGUUCAAGGGACACAAUGUGGAGGCGCCCUCGCAGUCGGUGGAAACUUCCGCCCAGGAGCUUGUGGGUUUUUUCAAGACCAUGUUUGUAAUGCGGCGGAUGGAGAUCGCGGCCGAUAGUUUGUACAAGAGCAAGUUUAUUCGGGGAUUUUGUCACUUGUAUGAUGGGCAGGAGGCUGUGUGCGUCGGGAUGGAGGCGGCUUUGAACGAGAGGGAUUGCAUUAUCACGGCUUAUAGGGACCAUUGCACGCAUUUGGGGCGAGGCGGAAGUGUGUUGGAGGUUUUCGCGGAGCUCAUGGGGCGGAAGGAUGGGUGCUCUUUAGGGAAAGGUGGUUCCAUGCACAUGUACAACAAGAAGGGAGGGUUUUAUGGUGGAAAUGGAAUUGUGGGUGCUCAGACGCCAUUGGGUGCAGGUCUAGCGUUCGCGCAGAAGUACUUGAAGGCAGAUGGGGUGACGCUUGCUAUGUAUGGUGAUGGCGCUGCUAAUCAAGGACAGCUGUUCGAGGCCAUGAACAUUUCUGCACUUUGGGAUCUGCCAGUUAUCUAUGUCUGCGAGAACAAUCAUUAUGGAAUGGGUACGGCAGAGUGGCGGUCAGCCAAGAGCCCCGAAUACUACAAACGCGGUGAUUACGUUCCUGGAUUGAAGGUCGAUGGAAUGGACUGCUUGGCUGUGAAGCAGGCCGUAAAAUUCGCCAAGGAGCAUGCUUUGAAGAAUGGUCCCAUGGUUUUGGAGAUGGACACUUAUAGGUAUCAUGGUCACUCUAUGUCUGACCCAGGCAGCACCUAUCGAACUCGUGACGAGAUCUCCGGUGUCCGACAGGAGCGUGAUCCCAUUGAAAGGAUAAGGAAGCUGCUGGUGACUCAUGAGCUUGCUUCGGUUGCGGAUCUGAAGGCAAUUGAGAAGGAGGCUAAGAAAGAAGUUGAAGACGCUCUUGCGAAGGCCAAGGAGAGCCCCGCGCCCGAUUCAGAGGAGCUCUUCUCCCACAUCUAUCGGAAGAGUUACGGAUCUGAGGCAUAUGGAGCUGAUCGGAAGGAGGUUACUGUCAAGUUGCCUUAAUUAUGACAGUCUCGCACACUGGAUACGCUUGAAGGUAGCGACUGCAUGUCGAGUACCUGCAGUAUAUCAUGGUAGUGAUGACAAACUAGUGUCAACGCAUUGGUAGAUUAUAGUUCAUGCCUUGAUUACAUUGGUCAAACCAAUUUUACAAGCUCUUUGAUCUAGAAUGGUAAUAUCACGGCCUUCCCUGCAAGAGCCCUCUUGUUAGAUAAUAACUUCGAGGUCUUUUUGCCCUCAUCGAAGGAGCAUGUACACUCCCUCCAUGUUUUGUUGAAUUGUAAAAUGGUAAAGAAAAAUGAGUUCACGAGA